CGCCUUCUCAGCUCCAGAACUUCCGGCGAGCUCAGACAUCUUGCCUUCCUGACCUUGGGCUCGGGCUGGCUGUGUAGUUUGUACAGUCAUGUCGUUUUUGACGCCGGGGUUGCUGAAGGGUUUGACAGGCCCGGCCCGGAGGCUCCCCGUGCCGCGUGCCCACAUCCAUUCCAAGCCACCGCGGGAGCAGCUCGGGACCAUGGAUGUCGUCGUUGGGCUUACCACCUGCUUCCUGUGUUUCCUCCUGCCAUCGGGCUGGGUCCUGUCACACCUGGAGAGCUACAAGAAGUGAGAGUGAAGGGGGCUGCUUUCCCUUCCCUGUAACCUGACCAUUCCGCUGACCCAUCCAGAUCA